CAUUCGGAGCAGCGAUGGCGACAGCCCCGCCCCCAGCUGGUGCCGCACCUCAGAAGUUGCUGGUGCUGGACGUUGACUGCGGCGUGGAUGACGCGCAAGCGCUCAUGGUUGCCCUGGGAGACGCCGCGCGCGCGCGCGUGCUCGCCAUCACGUGCUGCAAUGGCAACACGCACGUGCGCCAGGUGGCGGACAACGUGGCGCGCGUGCUGCGCGCGUGUGGAGCGAGCGCGCAGGUUCCCGUGUUCCUAGGGGCCUCCUUGCCGCUGCUCGCCAAGCCGAAGCACGCGACCCGGUUCCACGGCAAUGACGGUCUGGGGGACUCCCCGGACCCCCCCGACCCGAGCCCCGUGGCGGUGAAGGAGCAGGAGGAACACGCGGUCAAUGCGCUCGUCCGUCUGGCCAAGGAGAACCCGGGACAGAUCACGCUCGUGGCUCUGGGGCCCCUGACCAACGUGGCGCUUGCGACGCGCAUGGACCCCGACUUCACUUCGCGCCUCAAGGAGCUCUUCAUCAUGGGCGGCACCGUGGAAGCGCAUGGGAACUUCACCGCGUCCGGGGAGUUUAACUUUGUCACGGACCCUGAGGCUGCCUACGUGGUGCUGGAGACCUGCAGCUGCCCGGUGCACAUUGCCAGCUGGGAGUUCACCGUGCGCAACGCCAUUCCCUGGAUGUAG